AAGAUCCAAGAAGAAAAACUAAAGGAACUCUCUCUCGGAGUCUCAGUCUCAGUGAGAGAGAAAGAAUGCUUGCUUAAAAUAAGCAGAAGCUCUUAUACAAUAAGCUCCAGAUCACAUCAAAGUCUCUCUCUCUUUCUCUCUCUCUCUAGAAGAGAACUCUCAACAACUUCACCAAUGGAGAUAAUAAGGUGUUGCUGUUGAAUCUCUUUCAAUAGGUUUUAGAUCAGCGGCGUGAAUCGGACUCCCGGACGAAGCUCGAAGAUGCUGUAAAUCCAAUUCUUUCUCGGCCUGUAAGGCUAUAAGAUUUCGUGCUAAUUAAAGGAGUGAGGGGAUCAAAUGGACGAAAAUGCCUCACGUAUCACUAUCAGCAGGGCCAAAGAAGGCAAGAAGAAAGGCUUGACGAGGAGGAAUCGAUUUCCAGUUCCAGCGGAUGAUGUCGGAGAUCUGCAGGUCAAAUGUUCCGGCAAGUACUGCCGAUCGUGCAUAGCGAGCUUCCUGGCGGACUGCAUCGCCGUCUGUUGCUGCCCUUGUGCGGUCGUAAACCUUCUUGCCCUUGCGUUCGUGAAGGUACCAUGGAUGGUGGGCAAGAGAUGUUCGAGAUUACUGAAAAAGAAGCGUCCUAGGCUAGAAAUGGAGGGAACAAAAAGAAAAGAAACGACCAGCGUGAUAGCGAGAAAUGUAGAUUUGAGAAAAGAGCGGGUAGCGGAAGGAACACCAUUUGAAUCCCCAGCUGGAUUGGAAGAGGAUAAGCGAAAGGACAACUGUGAGAGAUCUGAAGCUGAGAGGGUUUGGUUGGAGUUGUAUCAGGUGGGUCAUUUGGAUUUUGGUAGAGUCUCUUUCUCUGGAAUUCAAGGAAAGAGCAACUAAUAAAUUAUAUUCUUAGAAAAAAAUAAUUGUUAUUGAAUAU